GUCCUGAAACAAAGAGAAUCAUGUUCUGUCCUGAUCCGUUUUUCAAUUCAAAUAUUACAUGGAACACAGACCAUCCAAAUUUCACACAAUGCAUGAGAGACACUUUGUUAGUAAGUGUGCCCUGUGGAGUGUUUCUUCUUCUAUUGCCCUUGUGGAACUUUCACCAAUUACGAUCCUACUCCAGACCAGACACAUUCCCAAGGAUCAGGGCCAAAAUCAGUUCAAGAUUCAUGCUCAAAUUGAUCUGUACAACAGUGCUUAUAGCAAACGUCGUUAUUCGAAUCUGGAACCUCUCUGGAAGUGGGGCAAUAUUUGACUCUGAAGCGUUCCAUUAUGGUUUGCUAUGCUUCACGUUUGUGUUGGCCUUUGGGCAAGAAGUCAUGGAUAAGUUUCUUAAUGCCAUCAAAUCCCUGCCUCUGUUUUCAUUCUGGUUUGUACUCUCCAUAGUCUGCAUUCCAGACCUGAAAUAUGAGAUUAACCAGGCUCUGGAAUCUUCCCACCACAUAGAAGACUGGGCUCUAAUUCUAACUUAUUAUCCCAUUGUGUUUGGCCAAUUUCUCCUCAAUUGUCGGUCAGAUUUGAGUGGGAUAAGUGAGGAUGAGUUUGAGCCUCCGGAAAACUCGGCCUCGUAUCCGUCUUUACUGACAUUUUCAUGGCUAAAUAGCCUCAUCUGGAAGGGAUUCAAAGCCCCCUUGACACUCCAAAAACUGCCAAAGCCUCCCAAAUCCAUCUUGGUGUCCAUCAAUGUCCAAGGCUUCUUAGAUGUUUGGACCAAGAAGGUGUCUUCAAUGAGAGCCAAUUUUGAGAAUGACGACUCGAAAUUUGUCAGUGUGUUUCCAGUUCUGUGGAAGUGCCAUUGGCCUCGGAUGUUGCUCUGUAUAGGUCUCAGUUCCAGCCAUUACCUCAUUGGAUUCAUCAGUCCCCAAAUCCUGAAGCUCUUGGUCAACCACGUGGCUUCACCCACGGACGAAACUUGGAAAGGCUAUUUGUACGUGUUUGCUUUGUUCUUCGAGUCUUGUGUAUGGACUUUUUCGUUCCACAUGUAUUGCCAGAACGCGUCUGUUCUUUCCAUCCAAAUGAGAUCCAGCAUGAUGGGGAUGGUGUUCCAAAAAACCUUAAGGCUAUCGAACUUAUCCAAGAAGCAUUACACUUCCGGGGAGAUCACUAACUACAUGUCAGUCGAUGCUCAGCGUUUGGUCGAUACCAUACCAUAUUUGAGCAACCUCUGGUGUGCUCCAUUGACCAUAGGACUGGCUCAAUACUUUCUCUACCAAGAACUGGGAGCCGUGAGCUUUGCCGGUAUUGGAACCUUGUUCCUCCUGAUGCCCAUCAACCUUUUCACGGGCAAAUGGGUAGAACGCCUCCAAGCAGAUCAGUUAAGGAACAAGGACGAGAGGAUUAAGCUAAUGUCCGAGAUCUUAGGUGGGAUCAAGGUACUGAAGCUGUAUGCCUGGGAAAAUCCGUUCAUGAGGCGUCUCCUCGAUAUUCGGGACAACGAGAUCAAGAUCCUGCGAUUCAGUGCACGCCUUCGAGCCCUCAUCAAUUUCACAUUCUUCUGUAGUCCCAUCUUGGUGACCAUCUCCGUGUUUGGAUUGUAUGUUUUGGUGGAUUGCCAGAACACGUUGACGGCGGAAAAGAUCUUUGUGUCCAUGUCGCUUUUGAACAUGACCAGAUACCCUUUGAUUAUGUUUCCUUGGGCCUUGAUUGAGGGCAUUAAAUUAAUCGUCUCGCUCAAACGUAUCAACAAGUUCCUCAAUGCCAAGGAAAUGGAUUCAUCUAUUGUCUCCAAGGAGGUGAAUGACACAAACAAUAGUGUUGAAUUCACAUCGGCGUCGUUCGCUUGGAACCAAGGAUCGGAAGACGUACUGACGGAUAUUGAUUUGAAGAUCUCUUCCGGAGCCUUAAUUGCCGUGGUUGGAAUGGUUGGAUCAGGAAAGAGCUCCCUACUAUCGGCUCUUUUGGGCGAAAUGGAGAAAACUUGCGGUACCGUAAGCAGGGUUGGAUCCAUGGCAUACGUGCCACAACAAGCCUGGAUUCAAAAUAUGACUCUAAAACAAAACAUUCUGUUCGAAAACGAUUACAACGAGUCAAGAUAUAACCAGAUCUUGGACAAAUGCCAACUCAAACCGGACAUGGCGAUUCUAAAAUCUGGCGAUGAGACUGAGAUUGGAGAGAACGGGAUCAACUUGUCCGGAGGUCAAAAACAACGGGUUAGUUUAGCUCGAGCUGUCUAUCACGAUGCGGAUCUGUACCUUUUGGACGAUCCUCUUUCGGCUGUUGAUGCAUUGGUGGGCAAAAAUAUAUUUGAUGAGGUCCUUUCUAACGAAAGUGGUUGCCUAAAAGACAAAACUCGAGUGCUCGUGACACAUAACCUGCACAUCCUUCCACGUGUGGAUCACAUUGUCGUGAUGAGACAUGGAAAAAUAGCCGAGUCUGGAUCAUACGACCAGCUUAAACAGGACGGAGGAGCCUUUGCCGAAUUCCUCGAGAACUUUACUUUUGAUGAGGUGGAAGAAGAGGUGGACAGUGCUUCUUCGUCCAUUAAAGUACCAAUUAGGCAGCAAAGCUCAGACAGUAAUACUAGCCCUUUUGGCUCACCCAAGUUCCAAGGGAUUCCAAGUAUAAGUCAAAGCUCGUGGCAAGAAGCCAAGGAGAUGAUUGGACGAAGCGAGAGCGACGAUCGACGAGAUGAACGUGAGCCUCUUGUUCCACAAUUUGAGUCUGACAACUCACAAAGUGACGGCCUUUUGAUGGAAGAAUCGGCAUUCCAGGGCUCAGUGAGAUGGAGCGUGUUCCUCACAUACUUCAGGGACAUUGGUUUCAGAAAGUUUCUUCUCAUCGUGGUCCUUUUCGUUAGUAGCCAAAUUUGUCAUUCCUUUGCCAAUUAUUGGUUGUCCCGAUGGGCUGAUGUGAACCAUAAAUGUCCGGACAAAUCGGCGGAAAACAUCCUUUUGUAUUUGGGAACCUACAGCGCUCUUGGGAUGGUGGAGAUUGGAACCGAGUUCGCUUACGAGUUCCUUCACUUCUUAAGCUGUGCGUAUGCCUCGAAGCUCAUCCAUGAACGUCUCCUUGAGCGGGUAAUGCAUUCACCCAUGUCUUUUUUUGAUACUAACCCAAUGGGGCGGAUUCUCAAUCGAUUUUCCGUGGACGUGGAUUCGCUGGACCAGAAUAUCCCCUCCAUGAUUCGCGACUUCUUGUGGUGUUUAUGUGAUCUUGUGAGCAUCAUCGUGAUCAUAACUUAUUCCACGCCCUGGUUCUCGGUAACGAUCAUUCCACUCGGAGUGGUAUUCAUUGUCAUCCAAAGUAAAUCGCCGGUUUUGGCCCAUUUCUCGGAAACUAUCACGGGAGCGGCUUCGAUUCGGGGGUUCCAACAACAGGAGAGGUUCAUCAACGAGUCUGAAACGCGCAUAGAGACGAGCAUCAAGUGUUUCUACCUCAUGGUCUCUUGCAAUCGAUGGUUGGGAGUGCGUAUGGAACUCCUGGGGAACGUGAUCGUGUUCUUUGCUGCCUUAUUUGUGAUCCUCAAACGUUCCAGCUUGUCUCCAGGAGUUGCCGGCUUGUCGAUAUCAUACUCUUUGAACAUUAUGGAUGCUCUCACUUGGAUGGUUCGAAUGGUCUGCGAGCUGGAAACCAAUUUUGUGGCCUUGGAGAGGAUCCUGGAGUACACGGACAAUCCUCAAGAAGCGCCGUGGGACGUGCCUGCAAUAGACGAGAAUCUUCCACAAGAUUGGCCUGUAGAAGGAAAAGUGCUAAUGCAAUCCUACCACACUCGUUAUCGUGAGGGCCUAGACUUGGUCCUCAAGGGCAUUGACCUCGAAGUGAAGUCUCAUCAAAGCAUCGGCAUUUGUGGACGAACCGGGGCAGGCAAAAGCAGUUUGUCCUUGGCUCUGUUUCGGAUCAUUGAAGCGUGUCAUGGGAACAUUUUUAUCGAUGGCGUGGACAUCUCAUAUUUGGGAUUGCAUCGACUGAGGUCUUGCUUAACCAUCAUCCCACAAGACCCCAUUCUGUUCACCGGAAGCGUCCGUUUCAACUUGGACCCAACCUAUGCCAGUGAUGAUUCUGAUCUUUGGCAUGCUCUAGGGCAUGUUCAUUUGAAGCAAGUUGUCGAGGAUUUGAGCGAAGGUCUGGAACAUCAAGUGGCUGAAGGAGGCGUUAACUUCUCCUUGGGACAACGUCAAUUAAUCUGCCUGGCUAGGGCGUUGUUGAGGAAAACCAAGAUCCUCAUUCUGGACGAAGCCACGGCAGCCAUUGACUUGGAGACUGAUAACCUUAUUCAAGCAACCAUUCGGGAGGAGUUCAAAUCUUGCACCGUCUUGACCAUUGCUCAUCGAUUGAAUACCAUAAUGGAUAAUGACAAGAUCGUUGUUCUGUCAAAUGGACGUGUCUUGGAAUAUGACACUCCCAAUGAUUUACUUUCAGACAAAAAUUCCACCUUCAGUUCCAUGGCUAGUCCCAACGAGUCCCAGGCUUUGGAGCAAGUCCAAGAUUUGAAUUCAAGAAGUAGGCCGCUCCACAUUGUCGAGUACGUUGCAGUUCCGUGUUAUUUUGCCAUGAAAAUGAGUGUCCCAAUGGUUAAUAAAGAGGAGAACGGAGUCUCCUCUGAAAGUUUCACAUUCACAUUGAAUGGAAAUUCAUCGGCCGAUUCGGUCACGCCUUCAGAAGUGAAUCAUGUUCCACCGGAAAUGAUGUUUAAAAUAUCAAAGAAAAUAGCGCAAUUGACCAAAGUCAUUUAUUCGUUGAACACGAGAAAUGACGACCUUGAACAGGAACUGGUAGCAACCAAAACUGGUUACGAGGAGAAGAUCCGAGCCUUGGCCUCUGAAAAUCAGAUCCCCAAUGGGGAAACGGAUGGACCCAAGAAAAACAGAAGUAAGACUCCAGAAGUGGGAGAUCCUGAGACCAAGAAGGAACUGAGACGUGCCAAGCAUAUCAUGAAACAACUCGAGGCCAAAAUGAAGGCUAUGCAAGAGGAACAAGAUAAGCCGAAAGCUUCAGAAGUUGGCAAAACCGUCGUCCCGGACAAACAAAUCAAGCAACUGAGUAAAGACAAACAUGACCUUUCAAAGAAAGUGGACCGCUUGGAGAUUCAAAAUGAGCAACUCCGAUUGGAACGGAAUCAAAUCAAGAAGGAGCUUGAUAUGACUAGUAAGGAAAAAUCCGCCAUACAGCUCGAGCUUUCCGCCAAUCGGGUUCAGGUCAGUUAUAACAAGGCCACAGGAGUUGCAAGCUCGGGGGAAUCAAGGGCAAAGUCCGUGCCUAAUGCGACCAAAAGCAAGGAAGAUGAAGAAUUCACCAAGGAUUUGAUCACAAAGCUAGAAGUGCUUUCGAAAGAAAAGAUAGAGCUCUCCCGACAACUUCAAGAAAGAAAAAUGUUCCAGCAGCAGCAAAGGCAACUUUUGGAGCAACGCAAGAAAGAGGUAGAACAAGCGCAGAGGUUUCAAACGCAAGUGAUGCGUUCCAAUCAAGAUGGCAACAACACCAACGAUAAGAACAACAAUCAUCAAGACAUGCUCCUCAAGGUUCGCCGGGAAAAAGUGACUCUUCAAACAGCAUUGGACGAAUCCAAGAACAAGCAUGAAAGAGACGUCAAGUUGUUGCAAGAAGAACGAAGAAAGUUGUCCCAGGAGCUUGAGCAAAUCAAAGUGAAACACACCGCUGAACUCGAGCGAAUUCAAUACGAACAAAGGGACAAAGCGAACGCUUUGCAGGCGCAAUUGAAACUCCGCGCUAAAGAGUUGGAACAAAUCCAAAGCGGGCAUGCGCAAUCCCUGAUAUCGUGGGAAGAUCGCUACAAAAAGGUCGACAAAGACUUGUCAGAGACGAAAGAGCAGGCGAACAAGCUACAAGCCAAGAUGGGCCAGACAUCGGACGCUGUUUUGAAGGCCGAAGAUCUUUGCAAGUCCAUGGAGAAAGAGCGAGACGAGUAUAGAAGGAAGUGUCAGGAAAUCCAGAGCAAGAUGGAUCUUCUAUCCAGAAGUGGGAAAACAAAGGCUCUCGAGGGCGACAAUGAUAAGGUCAAACACUUGGAAAAGGCUUUGGAAGAGGCCCUGGCCGAGCGACAGGAGAUCCUCGAAGCGGCCGGCUUGGAAAUCGAUCAACAGAAGACCAUUGCUUUGGAGACAGAGCAGAAGAUGAUGGACGACUUUGAGUGGAAGCUCCGCGAGAUCGAAGGUGAAUACAGACAAAAGAUGAAAGACAUGGAGAAAAAUAUCGAAGCUCGAGUGAUAGCCGCUCAGGGGGACUUUGAGCGGAAAAAAGAUGCCGAGUUCGUGAGGUUGAGUAUAAACUUGCGACGAGAAAUGGAGGAGCAAAUGAAAUCAGAACGAACCUCGCUGCGGUCCACUUUGGACACAAAAAGUGCCACAGACAUGGAAGAGAGCCUCCGCAAGUGCCGGUACGAGAAGGAUCGCGAGAUUCGCACUAUCCAACGGAAUUUUGAGGAGGAGCGAAAUCGCUUGAAUCGCGAGAAGCGUUCCUUACAACGAAGAAUUGACGAGAUCCCGAAUGAGAUCACCAAGGCCACCAAAGAUUUGCAGGCUCAAAGUGAUGCCGCCAUCCAUGAGGAACGGCGAAAGAAUACCAAAAUGCUUGAAAAAGCCCAAGACGAUUAUGACAAACUCAAAGACGAUUUGAAUGGCCAAAUGAUGCGAAUGCGGGCUGAAUACGACGAGAAGAUCGACGAUCUCCAGACCAGAGUUGACAAUGCAAAUAGCAACCGCUACAGCUCCAUGUUUCAAAUGAAAGAGGAGGUCGAAACAGAAUUUUGUGAUCGCAUGGAACAACUGCGUUCCAUGUACAAGGCCGAAAUCGACAACCUCAACGAGAAGCUCGAAGAGGAGAAGAACCGUGCCAAGCGACAGGAAGACGCCUUGCAGAGCACCAUUCGCAAACAAAAAGAGGAAAUUGACGAACUCAACGCAUAUUAUACUCACAAUGAGACAGAGUACGAGGCCAAGGUCAACGAUUUGCUGACCCGGCUUCAAGAACAGACGGCAUUAGCUCAAAAGCUCCAACAAGAGUUGGACGAGUAUGAAUGGUACGAAGACGAGGAUGAUGAUGGAAAUGUGACCUCCGACCGACCUGUAUCAGCCAAGGCCCAAGUCAGUCGGCCUUCAUCCACCAAGCCCUUGGAUCAAAACCGAAUCAAGUCAAAGUCGAGCCAGGCCGUCAAUCAGACCGAAACCGCUUUAGCGGCCAGUUCUGGCUUGGCCGCAUCCACUCUGGUGCCGCACAUUCCUCCCCGAAAAGAUCGCGACGAGGAGAGUCGAUUCAAGGAGGACGCCCAAUCCUACACGACUGUAGAGACACGUUUUCCCCCUUUGUCCUCGACACUCCAUCCGCGAACCGAACAGAGUUCAUCGAUGCCGCCCCAGAGCCGCCCUUCCUCUGCGGCAUCGGGUAGACUAUCAAAGUGGCGGCACUCCGCCACUCUCCCGCAUAGGGCCGCAUCGGCGACCGGUGUUUCAACCGAGCAAUCAACUGGAUCAAGGGGCAAAACCUUGUCGCGAGUGUUCCACAUGAACAGUCCAAAACUAACCAAGAAACGAACCUCUAAUUCGGCCUCAUCGUCUCAGAGUGGGGGAAGCAAGAAAAGUAACUGCACUCAUCAAUGAAGAAUCUUCAGUCAUCUACAUCCUGUUUUCAUACUGUUCAUACUUGAUUGAUUAGAUUAGUCCCGAUUUCAAAUGAUCCGUUUUUAUUGAAUGCAGUAGUUUGCUUCUUUUGAAUCAGCAAUAAAGUGCUUAGUACAUACAAA